CGCUGAUGGGAGCAAGCAUGGCGCAGGGUGGGAAAUCAAUGGGAAAGAUGUUGUCUGGAAAUAGCUGGUUUCAACGUUCGGUGACAUUAAAGGCGCGAUCCAGAGGAUGUCAUCUUGUGACUGACGAGAUAGUGAAAGGCGUGCCCGAACUCACAAAGUUUAAAGUAGGAAUCGCGCAUUUUUUGAUCCAGCAUACAUCUGCCAGCUUGCUACUUAAUGAGAAUUGGGACCCAUCAGUUAGAGAAGACAUGGAAAUGAUGCUGAAUAAAAUAAUUCCAGAGAAUCUACCGUACAGGCACUCUUGCGAGGGACCUGAUGACAUGGUGAGUGACACACGAAAUAACAUCUCAUUUAGAUCACUUAGUUGA